ACUUUACGUUUCAGUCUUUAUUAACUCCCAGGUUUUCAAUAGACACAAAAAAUACUGGAUUCGACGUUAAAAUGUUCAUAUCUUCUUUUUUUUAAUAAAAAGUAACAUUUAAAUCAAUCCAUAUCAGUAUGCCUUAUGUAUUAAUAAGUACGCAGAUAAGGCUGGAAUGUGGGCCAACGAUCUGUGGUGAUGAAUCUUCAGACCCUGAGCUAAUGGCUGAGCUAGGAGCCGUCCUUACCAAACAAGUUGGAAAUAACUUCAAAGAAUAUCGAUCAGAAGAAACAGCCAGAGUCAUCCUGAAUCGACUGGAAAAGUUAGACUAUCGAGUCAUAACAUCUUGUGGAAUGGGUCAGACAAUUAUAUGGACACUUCACAAACAACUAUGAUGUAGCUUUUUGGUCCAAACAACUAUGAUGUAGAUUUUGGUUGAAGAACCAUAAUUCCUGUGGAUAUGUAGAAGAACUUAAUAUAUAAGUACAAUACUACCGAGCAUUAUGUGUGGUAUUAGGAUAUGUUGAUGGAAACAGCACAAUAUGAAUUGAUUCAGAACAUUCUCAGCUGUUGUUUUUCAAUUCCAUUUCCCACCAAAGAUCAUACGCUACGGUAAUGUGUUCAAAUUUGGAAGAUGCCAAGAUUGUUGUCUUAAAAAAUCUCAUAAAUGCAUUUAAUGUCAAACUUUGCAGAGUUAAAUCCCUGGUUGAUGAGGAUAUAGUUAUUUUAAAGAUUAAACAUUUAUAAAAAUCAGUAUUAAACUUAAAGCAGGUUUAAUUAUGGGAAGUGCCAGUAAAUUUCAAACAAUGCAUACAAAUAUACACUAAAAAAAUUAAGAAUUUAUCGGUCAUGGUACGUACUAAUUUAAUUUGUUUUUAUUAUAUUAUAUUGUUCAUAUUUUUUAAUGGUCAGGUUCUCCAAGGAAGCGAUUGACUUUAAGGAUAUUACAAAAUAUAUUAAUGUAGAUAUACAUACAGUAUAACAUGCUAGAAGGGUUUAUGGGAUUAAAAAACAUUUUUUAAUGAUA